CUGGCAGCCCUCGGCGGUAUAGCCAGUCUCUCCCAGGCUGCGCUGACAGAGGUCCACGAGGCUGGCCGGUGUGCUAUUAGAGGCAACUGUGGGAAGCAGUCCUUCUUUGGCGGUGAGCUGCCGUGUCCGGACAAUGGACUGGCCCAUCAGCCUGAUCAGAGAGUCCGGCAGCAGCUUGUACAUCUCUGUGGGAAGAAGUGGGAAGACGGGCCGGUGUGCUGCAAGGAAGAGCAGGUAGAUUUUCUCUCUCUCCAUCUCUCUAUCUCUCACUGUCUCUAUUGCGCUGUAUGCUAGCUUGGAUUGCCUACGUUGUGCUAACUGGUUCUAGAUCAAUGCAUUGUCGACAAACUUGAAGCUGGCUGGGGGAGUCAUCUCAUCCUGCCCAGCUUGCAAGGAGAACUUCUACAACCUGUUCUGCACCUUCACCUGUUCCCCGGACCAGUCUCUGUUCAUCAACGUUACCGAUGUGGCCGAGGUGAACGGAAAGCUGCUGGUCACCGAGCUGGACAAUGUCUGGUCGGAAGAAUACCAGAGUAACUUUUACGACAGCUGUAAGAAUGUCAAGAACGGAGCUUCUGGAGGCAAGGCCAUGGACUUUAUCGGUGGAGGGGCGAAGAACUACAAACAGUUCCUUAAGUUUCUGGGUGAUAAGAAGCUUCUCGGCAGCCCGUUCCAGAUCAACUUCCUUACCGAGCCUCGACGGCCAAAGGACGGCCACGGCAUGAAGCCGGUGUCCGAUGAAACAAGAUCCUGUGCCGAUAAGAACAAGGCCUACCGCUGUUCGUGUAUCGACUGUCCGAGUGUCUGUGCUGAGCUCCCCGCCAUAAAGGGACAAAAACCCUGCAGGGUAGGAAGCUUGCCCUGCCUGACAUUUGCUGCAAUCCUAGUAUACUCUAUCUCCCUGAUGCUUAUCGUGGUCCUGGCAAUUGCCAGAUCUGCCUUCAAACGGCACCGUUCCCGGAACAUUGAGCGAGUUCGUCUUCUGCAGGACGAUGCACCGAGUGACGACGAGGAGGAGGCUGAAGUUAUUGAGGAUACUGGGAUCCCUCAGCCAUAUAUGCUCAAUCAUAUACUAGGAAAUGCCUUUAACCGGCUAGGUGGAAUCUGUGCAAGGUUCCCUGCGUUGACGAUUACUCUGACAGUCAUAAUAUCGCUACUACUCAGUCUUGGCUGGCUGCGUUUUGCAGUUGAAACUGACCCUGUCAGGUUAUGGGUAAGCCCUAACUCGGCCGCCGCAGAGGAAAAGCACUACUUUGAUUCCAAUUUUGAGCCUUUCUACCGUAUCGAACAGGUCUUUGUCGUCAAAGACGUUGACACCAACAAGCCAGAGCCCGUGUUGGAUUACGAAACCUUGGGCUGGUGGUUUGAUGUAGAGAACCGUGUCCGCAGAAUGAUCUCUUUAAACAGACGCUUGACCUUGGAUGACGUCUGUUUCAACCCAACCGGACGUGCUUGCGUUGUCCAGUCAGUGUCUGGCUAUUUCGGGGGAUCCUUCGCCAAUGUCAACCCAAACACUUGGAGGUCCCAUCUGGAACAUUGUGCUCAAUCCCCAGGCUCAAGAGACUGCCUUCCUGACUUCCAACAACCCCUAGCGCCGGAGAUGGUCCUGGGCGGGCUCAAUGACACAACCGAUAUCCUGGACGCUCGCUCCCUCAUUAUCACCUGGGUGGUCAACAAUUAUGAACAGGGAUCAGACAUGGAAGCCCGAGCCAUGGACUGGGAAGAGACGUUGAAGCAGGUUCUCCAGGUUGUACAAGAGGAAGCUUAUGAGCGUGGCCUCCGUAUCUCGUUCAGCACUGAGAUAUCCCUGGAGCAGGAAUUGAAUAAGUCGACCAACACUGAUGCCCGAAUUGUUGUCAUCAGCUAUGUCAUCAUGUUCAUAUACGCAUCCCUUGCGCUGGGCUCUACAACCAUCAGCUGGAAGUCCCUUAUUCACAACCCUAGCCAUGUUCUCGUCCAGUCGAAAUUUACGCUUGGAAUCGUCGGUAUUCUUAUUGUCUUGAUGUCCGUUUCGGCAUCUGUUGGCCUCUUCUCUGCGUUUGGCAUUAAGGUCACGCUUAUCAUUGCAGAGGUGAUACCCUUCCUAGUCCUUGCUGUGGGUGUCGAUAAUAUCUUCCUCAUUGUACAUGAAUUUGAACGAGUGAACCUAAGCCACCCAGAUGAGGAGAUUGAUGAGCGCAUUGCCCGAGCUCUUGGAAGGAUUGGCCCGAGCAUCCUCCUUUCAGCCACCACGGAGACCUUUGCCUUUGCGCUGGGAGCCUUUGUUGGCAUGCCAGCGGUAAAGAACUUCGCUGCAUACGCAGCUGGCGCCGUGUUGAUCAAUGCUUUGUUGCAAGUCACUAUGUUCGUCUCCAUCCUAGCUCUCAAUCAGAAACGUGUAGAAAACCUGCGGGUGGACUGCAUACCUUGCAUUGCUGUCCGAAAGUCUGGGAGCACUGGCAUUGCCGGCGAGGAUAGGCCAGAUUUCGGUGAGAGCAUGCUCCAGUGGUUUAUCCGCAAGAUUUAUGCCACUAGACUGCUUGGUAAGAAUGUAAAGGUCGCGGUGGUAGUGCUCUUCCUCGGCCUGUUUACUGCUGGACUGGGCCUGAUCCCCAUAGUGAAGCUAGGACUUGACCAGCGGAUUGCCAUCCCAAACGGCUCGUACUUGAUACCAUACUUCAACGACAUGUCGGAGUACCUGCGUGUUGGUCCUCCAGUCUACUUUGUGACGAGAGAUGUGAACAUCACCACCAGAGAGCACCAGCAACAGGUCUGUGGCCGAUUUACGACAUGCGACGAAUACUCUCUCGGUUUUGUCCUAGAGCAAGAGUCCAAACGAUCCAAUGUCUCGUACAUCACAGGUGCAACGGCCAACUGGAUGGAUGACUUCUUCUACUGGCUCAAUCCACAACAGGACUGCUGCAAGGAGAACGGCAAGACGUGUUUCGAAAACCGUCAGCCCAGCUGGAAUAUCUCUCUGUAUGGAAUGCCCGAGGGCGCUGAGUUCAUCCACUAUGCUGAGAAAUGGCUCAAGUCACCCACGACCGAGAGCUGUCCACUUGGCGGCAAGGCUCCAUACAGCAAUGCUCUGGUCCUCGAUUCCAACCGGAUAAUGACCAAUGCAAGCAGCUUCCGGACAUCUCAUACUCCCCUGCGUACCCAGGCCGACUUUAUCAACGCAUAUGCCUCUGCACGGCGUAUCGCCAACGACAUCUCGACAAACCACGGCAUUGACGUGUUCCCGUAUUCCAAGUUCUAUAUUUUCUUCGACCAGUACGCCUCCAUCGUCAAGCUUACGGGCACUUUACUCGGGGCGGCAGUCGGUGUGAUCUUCUUGAUCACAUCCGCCUUACUCGGUUCCCUUUUCACCGGCGGAGUGGUGACGCUGACCGUAGUGAUGAUCGUGGUGGACAUCAUCGGUACCAUGGCCGUGAUGGGCGUCUCUCUCAACGCCAUCUCGCUCGUUAAUCUGGUAAUCUGCGUGGGCAUCAGCGUCGAAUUCUGUGCUCAUAUAGCGCGCGCUUUCAUGUUCCCUUCUGCCUCGCUGCUAGAGAAGGCUCCCCUGAAACUCCGCCACCGGUCCGCCAGAGCCUGGGCUGCUCUAGUCAACGUCGGCGGCAGCGUCCUCAGUGGCAUCACCAUUACCAAGCUUGUGGGAAUCUGUGUCCUGGCGUUUACCCGCAGCAAGAUUUUCGAGAUCUACUACUUCCGCGUCUGGCUGGCUCUGGUCAUCUUUGCCGCCACUCAUGCUCUUAUAUUCCUGCCUGUUGCCCUCAGUCUUCUAGGUGGAGAUGGCUAUGCUGAUUCCCAUGCUGUUGGCGGCCUCGAAGAAGACCUCGCUGCCCGCGGAUACAGGUCUCUGCUGCUCGACGACGACUACUACGACUCCGACGAUGAAGAGAUUUAGUCUUGUUCUAUCUAUCCAUCUAUCUUUAUCCUUUUAUCUUUCCCUGCUGCUGUGGCUGUAUAUUCUAUCUGUACUCCUUUUUCCCUUUUGGUUAUCAAGUAUGUAUUGGCCAUAGACCUGCGAGUCUUGUAUGCUGGAGUCUCCUCCUUUUUUGGACAUGGCAGUUCUUGAUCGUAUCGUAUAAAUACAAUGCCAUCUAAUAUCUUUAUCUCUAUCGAAGCGUCGCUGCCUCUCUGCCACCCCCUGAUCUAUCUAUGUUACU